ACGUCAUUCAAUAUGUCUGCGCCCAUGUGAGCAUGCUGUUUGAAAACAUUGAAUACUGCUACAUUGAUCGACGAUGACAAAGUGUGUCUGUUUACACCCAGGAGAAUGAAUUCAGCAGUUUGGAGACGGAACCUGGAGAUUGUAUCAAAUAUAACAAGAUGGCACAUGCUAAACAGUGGAACCCACGUUAGGAAUGCUGUCUCUUGGUUGAGACACUCCCAUAUUGACACUAAAAAUGAACAUGCAAAACUCAAGAUCUCUGAUGGAAAUUUUCCAUUGAUCCAAAAGCAUUUACAGAAUUAUGUGACUCGUAAUGGAGACUUAUUUUGUAGAAACUCUGGCUGCCACUUUCAUUCAUUUACCUCAUCAACUCUCUUACAUUUACAACAUAACAAUACUGUAUUCAGUAAAAGACAUAGACGAAAGAAAAAUAUCUAUGAGAUGAAACCCAAGCAGACAAAAGAUGAUGUGGAAAAUAUGGAUGUCUUCCAGUAUGUUGGAGAAAGAAGUAAACCAGCACGUAGACUUUAUGUGUGGGGCUAUGCACAUACAGGUGCACUUGGGAUUCCAACCUUUGUGAAGGUGAAAGGAACUGGUAAACAACCUAGAAAAUACCAAGUGACACCUUACAGGUUGGACUUAAAUGACAGAAUUUCUAAAGUAGCAUGUGGUUGUGGAUUCACAUUGUUCUCAAGUCGUCAAACUAACAGUAGAAAAGUCUGGGGUACUGGUAUGAACACCGACUCACAACUUGGACUGCAGACGAUUUCCGGCACAGCAGGAAGGGUUUUGGAUUAUGUAAUUCAACCUGCUACGAUUGAUUUGCCGCUUUACAAACCUCUGAGUACGCGAGUGGUGCAGGUGGCGUGUGGAAGAGCACACUCUAUAAUUCUCACAGAUCAAGAAGGGGUUUUUUCAAUUGGUAACAAUUCAUACGGUCAAUGUGGAAGACCAGUGAUAGAGAAUGAGAAAUAUCAAGCCAAUCCUACUAUGCACAGAAUAAAACAACUGGGAAAUAGUGUAGUGCAGAUUUGUUGUGGCCAUGAUCAUAGUCUAUUCCUUACAGAGGAUGGUAGAGUCUAUAGUUGUGGUUGGGGUGCUGAUGGACAGACAGGUUUAGGCCAUUUCAAUACAGUCAGUGAAGUUUCAGAGCUGGAAGGAGACAUCAAGGGAGAGAAAAUUACAAAAGUGACAUCUUUUUCUGACUGCUGUUUGGCGUUAUCAGAAAAUGGUAAAGUGUUUGGAUGGGGAAAUUCUGAAUACAAUCAAUUGUCUCGUAUCACUCAGCAUUCACAGGUGAAUACACCAAUUCAUCUACCAUUUGAUGGCGUUGGAAAAGUGGUUGACAUAGCAACUGGAGGUACAAUGUGUGCAAUACUUAAUGAUGCAGGCAGUGUGUUUGUUUGGGGUUAUGGUAUACUUGGAAAAGGACCAAAUCUAUCACAAAGUCAUCGACCUGAACACAUACCAGAUGCAUUAUUUGGGAAAACUCAAUAUAAAAGUGAUGUUCAAGUUACCAAAAUAGUGUGUGGUCUUCACCAUUUUGCAGCAGUAAAUAGUUUAGGAGAAUUGUUCACAUGGGGUCGAAAUGACAAUGGAUGUCUUGGAUUAGGUCACAGAAAUGAUCAGUAUUUCCCAUUAAAGGUACACCUUGCUGGUGAGGUCAUUGAAGUGUCCUGUGGAGCAGAUCAUACAGUGGUUCUUGCCAAGACGUUUAUCUAG